AUGUCUGGAGAUCAACCACAGGACAAGUCGUCCUUGGACAUCAAAGCAUCAGUCGCCGAACAUGUGGACGCGCCCGACUUGGAGGUACCUAUGAUCCCGGCGCACUUGGCCGUGGACCCCAACGAGCGAGCUACCAUUGAAAAGCGACUGAAAACUAAGCUUGAUCUACGAUGUGGCCUGUUCGUUGUCAUCUACAUCAUGAACUACCUCGACCGCAACAACAUUGCCGCCGCUCGGCUGGGCGGUCUGCAGGACGAUCUCAAAAUGAAUAACACGGAAUAUGCUACCUGUCUAAGCAUCCUCUACGUCGGAUACGUCCUGACGCAAGUGCCGUCCAAUAUCUACAUCAACAGGAUCUCUCGUCCGAGUUAUUACAUCUCUGCCGCCAUGUUCAUCUGGGGCACCAUCUCCACCCUGACGGGCAACGUUCAAAACUUUGCCGGCAUGGUCAUGAUACGCUUCAUCCUCGGCAUCAUCGAGGCUGUCUUCCUACCUGGUGCCCUUCUCAUCCUGUCGAAGUGGUAUACUAGGCGGGAGUUAACCAAGCGGAACGCGAUCCUCUUCUGCGGGAAUCUGAUUGCGAACGCGUUCUCGGCAUUGGUUGGCGCCGCCAUCUUGCCAAACAUGAAAGGAGUUCUUGGUCACGAGUCGUGGCGAUGGCUGUUCUGGAUUGAAGGUGCCAUAACAUGUGUCAUUGCCUUGGCGGCCGCUUUCAUACUGCCUGAUCUCCCCCACAACACUCGAGGAUUUAGUGAAGAUGAGUUGCGUGUGGCGCAAAUUCGGAUGAUUGAGGAUGUCGGCGAGGAAGACGUCGACUCGGAGCAUGACGGCGUCUUUACCGGUCUCAUCAUGUGCCUCAAAGAUCCGAAGAUCUACGUCAUGAUCCUAGCUUCCUUCCUCUUUGUCUGCGGCCUUACAUUCAACGCGUUCUUUCCUACCCUCACGCAAACCCUUGGUUACAGUUAUGUGCCAACUCUGCUCAUGAGCGCACCCCCUUGGGUGUUUGCCUCAAUCGUCUCGCUAAUCAACGCGUGGCAUGCCGAUCGCACGCAAGAAAAGUUUUGGCAUACCGCCGGCCCUCUGAUCGGUGGCUGUGUUGGCUUCAUCCUCAGCAUGGCAACUCUCAACACCGCUGCUCGCUACGUCUCGCUGUUCUUGCAAGCAAGCUCAUACUCGGGCUGGAUUCUUCUGUUUUCCUGGGUCAGCUCCUCGUUCCCUCGACCACCAGCGAAGCGUGCUGUUGCCAUCGCCCUCGUCAAUUCCUUCUGCCAACUAGGCAACGUGGCGGGCUCGUAUAUUUGGAAUCAGCCGGAGAACGGCUACCGCAAGAGCUAUGGAAUCACUCUGUCAAUGUUUGGAGCCACCAUCGUCUGCCUAUUCAUUUUCCGCUUGAUGCUCGCGAGCCUGAACAAGAAGUUGGCGGCCCGCGAGGCUGGAGAUGGCACUGACGCGGCCCAAGAUGCAUCAAAUGAAGCAUUGAACACCGUGAAGGGAUUCCGGUACUUGGUCUAG